GUCUGCGCCGAUUUUACUGAGUCACUGAGUAGCGGCGGACAGGAAUGAAGAAAGCAUUUAGAAAAGUCUAGGCUGACUACCACCAGUGAAAUAACCGCGUUAACGGUGGUUGUUUCUUACGCUCACUCCAGCAGCCAAUGGCUCGUCGUAAAGAUCCCUCUGUUUGCCCACGGGCUGGCGAUGGACGAUCAAAGCGCAAAGGCAGGAGACGGUCAUCCAGAAAUACUGGAUCCGAUGUAUUGUGUGAUGGACAAGACAAUGUUCCAAGAUACGUUCAACUCAGCAAACAUAAACAGCUUGAUAAACGGUUUCAACCAAACAGACCAGUCAUUUGGCCUGUGAAAUCUGCUACAAUGAGAGCUAAGGCUUCAUCCAGAAUUAAAGAACUAGCUAAGCCGAAGUCAAUUCAUAAAGACAGCAAUCUAACUUACACUGAGGGCAAGUCAAAGACUGCUAAGAGAGGCAAAAGAUCAAGAAGAAAUAAAGAAUCCAUCAUUUACGCUGAAGUACCAAGAUUCAUUUAUCUCAGUGAGCCCAAAAAGCUGCCUGAAGGAUACCUGAUAAACAGAUUAUCACCGAUCUGGCCUGUGAAACGUCAAGCAAUGAGAGCUCAGCCCAGUUCCAGAAUUCGUGAACUUGCCAAACCAAAGCAGCUUCAUAAGGAUUGGCAGCCAAGCAAAUCAGUUUAUUCUACAACCCCAAUGGGUGAUGAUAUGAUGUAUGAUGUAAUCUCAAGUCGAACAGAAGAGCUCGCUAAGCAUAAAACCUACCAUGAGCCACCUGCCCGAAAAUCCUAUUUGUGGGACUACCCCUUCUGGGAUCAUCAGAUCAGCGAAGAAGCAAAAACCAUAUCACCAACUGAAAGGCUUGUGGAACUAGCAAAGCCUAAAGGAGAUUACGCAGGGUAUGUUCCCCGUAGACCAGUGGAUGAACCUGUAUCUGAUGCUGCAAUGAGUUACAUAGCCACAGAAAGAAUUGGAGAACUUGCUAAACCAAAGAUCCGUGCUGUAGCAACCAAGUCUGAAAAUCCCUUUGAAAUAUCAGAGUCUGCUAAAAACGCUGUUGCAACUCCCAGACUUGAACAACUUUCUCUUCCACUCCCUAGAAAAGUGACACGCAAGAAACUUUGAUAAAGUCAUCUUGUCUAA